GCGACAUCUAGAUUUUCUCUUCGUUUGAAUUAUUUCCUUUGCUGUAUGUACCUUCUCAUGGGCGAGAGAAACUUGCCUUGAUCCAUUGCCAGUUUUUGAGGUUAUGACAAGCAAUUCGCGUACUAUAGCUCCUUCUACACUUUCUCAGCGGCCUCCUGCUUGGCUAUUUACUAAUAAUUCUACCAAAUUGUCUAAAUCUGUACCAUCGGACGACACAACACCCACAAUGGCUAAGAAAAGCCAAAAGGCUGUUAAGCCAACAACCGCACGCGCACCUGCUGCAUCAUCCUCGACUUCGGCAAGUGGAAGCCAGGUCCCACCGACUCAACUUAUGGACCUAGUCGAAUCGUUCUUAUCCGACCAAGGCUUUAGCAACGCCCAUCGCGAAUUCCAAAAGCAGAGAGCGAAGAAGGGCUGGAAGGAACAGAGCGCUGAAAAGAAGAAGGACAAGGAACAUCACUCACUCGUCAGCGUCUUCCAAACAUGGAAGACUUUCGCCAGUCAGGGAAAUACACCCGUUCUUGUUAAAGAUGACCCUCUGCAGAAAAUUACGAAAGUUAGCAGCAGUAGUAGCGAGAGCGAGAGCAGCGACAGCUCAAGUUCCGAGAGCGAAAGUGACAGCGAUGAUGCCGAAGAUGUAGCUAUGGCUGAUGCACCUGUUGCUGAAGAAUCCAGCUCCUCUGAGAGCUCCAGUUCCGAAGAUAGUGACAGCGAUAGUGAAAGCGACAGCGAAGAGGAAGAAAAAGCAAAGCCUGCUACGAAGGUCACUGGUGCUGCCAAAUCUGGCGCAAACCCAUUGAAACGUAAGGCAGAGUCUGACAGCGAAAGUUCCUCUGAAUCCGAUUCUGACUCAGCAGACUCGGAUUCGGAGGAUGAACGACCGCAGGCGAAGAAGGCGAAGACCAGCUCGAGCUCUGACGAGAGUUCGUCGUCGGAGUCUUCCGAUUCAUCUGAAGAUGACAGCUCCUCCGAUGAAGACGAGGCUAAACCCAAAGCCACAAAGCCCAAAGAUGACGAUUCAUCUUCCUCCGAUUCCGAUUCUGAUUCCGACGAGUCAGACUCCGACUCCGAUGAAGAACCAGAGGUGGACUUGAAAGUAGCUGCUGAAGUACCGCUGCCUGAAUCUGAUUCAUCUUCCAGCGAAUCUGACUCUGACUCCGACUCAGAUGACGAAAAGCCACAGCAACCUACCAAAGGCGCUGUCGUGAACGGUACGGAAUCGGAUACCUCUGCAACAUUAGAUAAGGUUUCGCCCGAGUUCGUACCUGCGCCUCUUCCGCCUGACCCAACUCUCAAGUCGAACAACAGGGGCAAGAAUGGCACGAAGGCUCCCAGGACGCAGAAUACGCCCUUCUCUCGAAUUCGCCAGGACGUCACUGUCGACCCGAGAUUGACAUCUAAUGCCUAUGUUACGCACGGAUAUGGUGAGAAAGCGCAUCAAGACCUAAUCGUGACUAAGGGUAAGGGCUUCACUAAGGAAAAGAACAAGAAAAAGAGGGGAAGCUACAAGGGUGGUCCUUUGGAUAUCAACACGAGUCGAAGCAUUAAGUUCGAUGAUUAGCAACCUCGAAUCAAUGUUUCGAUACUCAAAAGAAAGCCUAGGACACUUCAAGGAGGCAAGAGUUGAGGACGGACGGAUGUGUCUCAGAGUCCUGGAAAU